AUGACAGACCAGUGCAAGCAAGAUCUUAAAAUAGCUCGGAUGCUUAAUGUGUUAACAAAGGCAAAGCCCACUCAAAAUGUACGUGACCUGUACCGAUACAAGUGCGGCUAUGGUCCCUGUGUAGUUUUCCAGAAGGACAUGCUUUUGCAAGAUGUUACCAACAACAGAUCCCACUAUCCAGCAUUCGAUCAGCUGAUGUCAGAAUUACAAGUCCAGCGAGAUGAGAAUAGAGUCCAGGAACAUGGACGAGUUCAAAGUGACAACUAUCUGUUUGUCCCAGGGGAUAUUGUUGCAAUUAACCCAGGCACUGACAACGGUAUCCCAUCAGCUGACAAGUGGUGGCUACUACAGGCCAAUAAGGGACACCCCUCUAACAAGACAGGAAGUGGUUGUCAUGUGUUUGGCUUUUGGCUUGAGGAGCAAGAGCCAGAAGAAAGUGACACCUCAAAACAAACAGUUCCGUCUCCUCUUAGCCCCAGUAAAGAGGAGUUCUGUCAGCAUUUAGAUAUGUCUGACAAGUUCCGUGCAGCCAAUGUUAUUGAUGCACAAGAUGAUUCACUUGUUGCUUCAAACUUGGAGGAGACUGAUGAGUCAGAUGGAGAUACUGAGGUGGAGCAGCUACAGCAUGACGUAGAACUGAGUGUGCUUCGCACCAGGAGGCGGCACAUCACAACUCCUGGUAGACAAACUGUUUCGUCAUACAGAGACCUUGCUACCUCCAGACCUGGCCUACAACACCUCGUCGGUGCUGAAGGCGAAGGCAACAUUAGAGUCCGUCUCCGUGGAAGGGACACAACCUUCCAAAGACGUUUCACUGCUUCCGAUACAAACGAGCUCUUGUAUCAAGUGGCCAUUUCCAACCUGCGCGAGAGGAAUAUCACCAUCCGAAAUGCCAGUGGAAGAAUCAUUGAAAGAAAUGACGAUCCUAUUGACGUUGUAGACGCAACGACACUAAUGGUCUUUCAUGACUUGGGUAUACUAGGAGCAAGAAUGGAUGAGAAAAAAGGAAUAAAUGGAAUCAUUUUAUCAAAUUUCCAACUUUGUUUACCAUGGUGGCGCGAGGGCGGACACUACCAGGCCACCUUUUCCGACCUUUGUUUGGUAGUGUUGUGCCCAACCCUUGCUGGAGACCCAGAAGUAAGGGCCACUAUUGACUUAAGCAAUGUUACCCAGGAUCGCAUACAAGCUGCUGUAGCAGAGGCUGAGGCGAGACUGGCCCUUACAACCGAAUCAAUAGACAGAAAAAAUAGACGUGACCAGCAAGACAGAGAGUACGAAGAAGGGUUAAGAAGAGAUCAAGAGAGGGACCUACAACACCUCGUCGGUGCUGAAGGCGAAGGCAACAUUAGAGUCCGUCUCCGUGGAAGGGACACAACCUUCCAAAGACGUUUCACUGCUUCCGAUACAAACGAGCUCUUGUAUCAAGUGGCCAUUGCCAACCUGCGCGAGAGGAAUAUCACCAUCCAAAAUGCCAGUGGAAGAAUCAUUGAAAGAAAUGACGAUCCUAUUGACGUUGUAGACGCAACGACACUAAUGGUCUUUCAUGACUUGGGUAUACUAGGAGCAAGAAUGGAUGAGAAAAAAGGAAUAAAUGGAAUCAUUUAUCAAAUUUCCAACUUUACGUUUUGA